AGGCAGUGAUAUAUAAGGGGAGCAUUAUAGGCAUCGGUACAGUUGAAAAAAGCUUAGUAUCAGCUGGAGCAGAUAGAUUAUAAAAUGAUAUUAAAACAAACUGAAAUGCAUUAAGGAACGAUAUUUAAAAGAAUUCGAUAAAAGCCGUCGCUUUGUUUUUUUUUUUAUGAAAUAGGCUACAUCUUCUAGAACGUCUUUAUUCGUAUUUAUAUAUUUAAUUCGUCUUUCAAACAAAAAUAAAGACAAUAACAACUGUAGCCUAUUUUUAAAAAUCAAGAGAAAACCAUUGUUUCCUGAUAUUUAACAACAUGAAAAGGUAUAACUUUUUACUGUGCUUAACGGUACUUAUUUCUCUGGGACUGUCCGGAAGCGAUGAGCCGAACCUCUUUCUAGCCCCACUGAGCGAGAUGUCCUCUGAUAUUGGAGUUUCUCUCUUUGACGUGGAUGAUGUGGAGUCUUCUGAGUGUUCAGCGUGCGUGUGGAGAGAACAGAGUAAAGUCUUGCGACUGGAAACAAUUAAAUCACAAAUACUUAGCAAACUGCGCUUAAAACAAGCACCCAACAUCAGCAGAGAGGUGGUUAAUCAGCUUCUUCCCAAAGCACCUCCGCUGCAGCAGCUGUUGGACCAUCAUGACUUCCAAGGGGACGCAUCUUCCUUAGAGGAUUUCAUAGACGCCGAUGAGUAUCACGCCACCACCGAGUCCGUCAUCACAAUGGCUUCAGAGCCUGAACCUCUGGUGCAGGUGGAUGGGAAACCGACCUGUUGUUUCUUCAAGUUUAGUCCAAAACUGAUGUUUACCAAGGUCCUGAAGGCGCAGCUUUGGGUUUAUCUGCAGCCACUAAAACAAACGUCCACUGUUUACCUGCAGAUCCUGCGUCUUAAACCUAUCACUGAGCAGGGAAGCCGACAUAUACGUAUCCGAUCACUCAAGAUUGAGCUUGAUUCUCAAGCAGGUCACUGGCAGAGCAUUGACUUCAAACAUGUGUUGCAGAACUGGUUCAAGCAGCCACAUACAAACUGGGGUAUUGAUAUAAAUGCCUAUGAUGAAAGUGGCAAUGACCUGGCUGUCACAUCUUUGGGGCCUGGAGAGGAGGGACUGCCGUUCCUGGAGGUCAAGAUUCUUGAAACAACCAAGCGCUCACGGAGGAAUCUGGGUCUUGACUGUGAUGAGCACUCCACAGAAUCUCGCUGUUGUCGCUAUCCACUUACAGUGGACUUUGAAGCUUUUGGCUGGGACUGGAUCAUUGCACCUAAACGUUACAAGGCAAACUAUUGCUCAGGGCAGUGUGAGUACAUGUUUAUGCAAAAGUACCCACAUACCCAUCUGGUGCAGCAUGCAAAUCCUAGAGGGUCUGCAGGGCCAUGCUGCACCCCAACAAAGAUGUCACCGAUAAACAUGCUUUACUUCAAUGACAAACAGCAAAUAAUCCAUGGCAAAAUCCCAGGAAUGGUGGUGGACCGUUGUGGCUGUUCAUAGAGUUUUGCAUUUUGGUAGAGAUAAAUAAGCUAAGUAAUGGAGGGGGGAGAGUGUCAGGGCUUAAUUCAAGAAUGCAAGUCUCUACAUUUUCCUUAUAUUGUUUCUUAAAUUCCUUUGAAUGAAUUUGCUGUACAGAAAGAAAAAAAAAUGUGUAGCUUUUUUUAAUAAUCACAGUAAAAAGUCUUUACAUCAAAGACAAAAGCUAAUUUCUCUUUAUUAUUUAAAUUUAUAUUAUAUCUACCAACAAUGUUUUUUAUUGUGUUGGGUCACUCUCAAAAAAAUGCAUAAGUCCAAAAUCCGAAAUGACCAAUAUCCAAAAUUAAUAUAUUCCUAAAACUUUGUGCAGUAUUUCACAUUCAGAGAGAAUAGAACAGUUACAAUCUGUUAAUUACAAAGAAUGAUAUAUGUAAUGCAGGACAAAGCAUGUAUGAUCUUUUUAGUAUUGUAUUAUAUUUUAGGAAAGUACAAUAUUCUUAUUUCACACAGACACACACACACACACACACUCACACACACACACACACACACAAACACACACACACACACACACACACACACACACACACACACACAAUUCUCUCAUUUGUGUUAGACUUUGACAUUAGUCCAAAGUGCUUAAGUCAACACCCUAAAACUUAAUCUAGGUUAUCAAAAUAACCUUUAAUUUUAGUUCAAUGCAAAUGUUCAAUGCAAUUGACAAAAUCAUGGUAGGAGACACAUUGACCCCUCCCCUUCCAAUAAUGCUUCUACCACUAUGACAUCCGCAUUAAAAUAGCUUUUCUUUGAAUUUUUUUUAAUCAAUAUACCAAUAUAUUUUUUCGUUUUUUUUUUUUUUUUACAUUUUAAUUUAAUUUAAUAUAUUGUUAUAUUUUCAUUGUGCUGUGUAGCUCUGACCUAAUAUAGGCACACUUUCAUGAUCUUGUAAAAAGAAAUAAGAAAAGAAAAAUAAAAAGAUGAUUUUUUUCUUACUUUUAAGGAGAAAAGUAACAUAUUUAGACACAGAAGCUUAAGAUGUAGCUCCUAUUACUGUGAGUGUGUGUUUCAGAAUGUACAAUAACAAAAAAAGCAUGCAUACAUGCAUACAUACAUACAUACAUACAUACAUACAUACAUACAUACAUUACACACAUCUUCCUGUAACUCUGCCUUGAAAUUCUGGUAUCAAUAAAAAAGCAUCAAUGUAAGAUAAAAUAAUACAUGCUUGUGAAUUUCGAUUUUCUCCUCAGUCAAUUACUUUGAGUUUAUGUUGAGUUGACUGACAAGAGGAUUCGCUUAGAAGGACCAAUCACUCUGAUUUGUUUAAAAACAGACCUAUGGAAUGCAUAUGAAAUUGGUGAGUGCAGCUCUCACAGGGGUAGAAACUCCCCAAAAAGGAGUAUAAAGGCUGCCUUGACAGGAAGCUCAUUAGACUGCCGCUUCAGAACCAAUACGUCCCUUGAUGGGCUAGCAACUUCAAGUUCAGCUGCAAGCUGGAUUCCAGUGCGAGAACAAUGCAUUCAGCGGCAGUCGAGCUGGGCUUCUCUCCUGUGUCUGGGCACUCACUGGAAUUCCUCUGCAAACUCCUCUGGACGUUUGCCACAAAAUGAGCUUUCCUUUCACUGGUGACUGAUCUGAUUGCUUAGUUACACAUCUGGCUUCAGCAUGCGACGCAGUGUUUGAGGAGAUCAUGCUCACACUGUGUGGGCAUGACUGUGGUUGUGCUUAAUUGCGGCUUGUGCUGUUUUAGUGCGAGCACCCUCUGUUUUUCCCUGCACUGCAGCGAACACUUAAGUCAGUAUAACGCCCCAUUCACACAGAGCGUCAGCAUCAAUGCUUUCUAUUCAAUUUGAAUGGGUGAACCCAAUCAUUGCCAAACUGAAUUGUGAGUAUGUCGGUGCUGCUGCGGCAUUGCUUGCUGCAGAAAUUGGGUAUUUCUCAACUUUUCAAGCACCAUCGGGAGCGUCAGCCAAUCAAAUCACUUUAUGCAAAUACCACAGCUAAAACUGUAGCCGAUUGCAGACUGAUUUCAUUGACUGAUGCUGCUAUGACGAUUGCGUCAGCCCCACCUUUAGACACGGCCUCUGUCAAGUGCUGACGCUGAAGCCCAAUGUAAAUGCAAAGUGAGAGUAUCAGUGGGAUGAAGUCGCUGGGUAAUCCCUGUGGCUCUCCUGUUCCUUAUCAACACAAAUCAUCUAGGCUUUAGAAGAGUGUGCAGUACGUCCUUUGGGGUGGUUGCACGUUUGUUUAAUGCAUUCGGCAAACAGAUGUCCAUCAUGGCAUCAGAGGGUAAAUUGUCAUUAACCGAAGAAAGCAUGGGAGGGGGGGGGGGUGCUCCAUUUGAGGUGCUCGCAGCCCUAGCUUGAUUUGGUUAUAAGGGCUGUGCUCUUCAAGAAAAAUGGGUGGAAUCUGAAUCUAUGUCUAACUGACAUGGUGGGGACUCCCCUGGCUCACUGUCCCAUUCUUUUCAGAGGAACAGAAAGAGCUUCAGGUUUCAAUGCCAUUUUUCCAGGUUUGUUCCUGUUGCAUGCCACAGAUCGCUCCCCAUCUGCUUCUAUGGAUCCAGACGUGGCCCUGGUUUACCACUGGCCCCAAGUCUACCCCAGUGAGCCCUUUCGCACAGACACUGUGCAAGAUCAAGGAGGAUGAGGAGCAGAUUUUUGUAUUUGUGCCUCUUCGGCCCGCCUGAACCUAGGUUCCAAACUCACACUCCUUAUUAAAGCCCCUCCCUGACACUCCCACUGAGACUUUCCUCUUGGUGUUGUGGCACCAUCUGCCAUCCGCGUCUAGGUGUCUGGCCACCGCUUGCGGAGUCUAAUCAUUGUUUGGUGCAUUUCUGUAGCAUGAGGUCCCCUGAACUUGCCCAAUGAGUGUCAUGUCUUCUUUUCUUCAGGUUAAGCUGGAGGGCAGGCUGUUGCAGUGCUGUAAAGACAUUCAUUUGAUCUGCUCUGGUCAGCUGACCAUGCUGGCAUUGUUCAAAAGGGUCAGGAAUAAGAAAGUAUUUUUGGUCAACGAAUCAUGCCUGCAAUUUAGACUGGCUAAUUCUCACAUUAUCCUAAGAUCCUGGCUUGGCUUUAUGUGCCCAAGGUUUUUACUACUCUUCUAAGGAACCAAGUAGGGAACCUGCAAGCCCUAGGUAGAUUAAUAAUUUAUAUUCAUAUUCAUCACAGAUUUACCUUUGUUAAAAACAAAAGCACUAUAAUGUUGGUUUAAAGAUGGGCCUUCUAAGUAAUAUAUGUAUAUAUCACAUAACAAAAUAUUUAAAGAAUGGUGAUAUGAUGGGGCUGAAGGGUAUAAAACAUUAAUUUGGGCACUCUACUAACCAACAAAAAAUGCACUAUGUGAAGAAAUUGGCAUGAGGAAUAAUGUUUUUAUUUGUAUUAGAAUUUUCCAAACUCUAAUACUGAUUAAAAAUGAUUCUAAAUGGGAUCUCUCCGUAAACCCUACGGACUGUGGAGACAUCCAUUUGAUCCGCUCGAGUCAGCUGACUGCGUUGACAUCAUUCAAGAGAGUCAGGGACAGGGAAGUAUUUUCAAUCAAUGAAUCAUGGCUGGAAUUUGGAUCAGCUAACUGUCAUGGUUUCAUGAGAUCCUGACCCGGCUUGGUCUGUUUCAGAGGUCAGCAGCAGAGAAGUGCCGUAUCUAAACAGGGGUUGACCCACUAGAUAGUGAAUGCCAUCGUGCUUGCAUACCAUACUCAAAGCGAGCUGUGUCUCCCAAGGAUGAGAGCACACUCUACUAAAGGCUUUGGCCUCCUCCCGGGCGUUACCACUUGGUGCCUCUCUUACAGAACUGCGGGUAACACCAGUCAUUCACGAGAAAGCUAAGCUUGGAGUCAAAAAUGCUUGCUGCGCCAUGCUCCCUAACCCAGAGCUACGAGUAAAUUAUACUGCUUUGCAAGCUUGAGUUCCCCGAUGGUGAUUCCUAGAGAGUUCAACUCAACAUAAAUGACUCAGUAUGUUAUAAACCUUUAUAAACUCAACUAUAAUAUUUAUAAGCUCAACAUAAACAUUACAUACAUAAUGAGGGUUACAAAUGACGUUUUUAGUUUUACUGAAUAUAGAAUAAUAUAGGCCUUUAUGUUGAUAUAGGCAUUUACAUAAUUAAAAAUUACAUAUGGCACUGUGGAUUACUGCAGUAUUAGUUUAUCAAUGUCUGCAAUUUAGAGAAAAUAAGAAAAAGUAAUUGCAUUUAGCAUUUUUGUUUUUAAUUAAAUACCAUUUCUGCCCCUUACCAACCUAUAAUGGUACAUUAAACAUUGGGAGUGCUGAAAAAGCAAAGGAUGGAGAGGGAAAAAGGUAGAAUAGAUUUUUUUUUCUAUUCAUCAUAGAUGUACCUUUGUUGAAAACAAAAGCACUAUAAUGUUGGAUUAAAGAGGAGCCUUAUCACACUAAAUCUAAGUAUCUAAUAUAUGUAUAUAUCAAAAAAGAAAGUAUUUAAAGAAUGGAUAUGUGAUGGGGCUGAUGGAUUUAAAACAUUAUUUUGGGCACUCUACUAACCAACAAAAAAAAAGGAAAAAAUGCACUAUGUGAAGAAAAUAGCAAGAGGAAUGUUGUUUCCAUUUGUAUUUGACUUUUGUAUUUAACUGAAAAAUCUCUAAGGUGUCUAUAGCCCAUUCACCAUACAUUAUGUUUUAUCUUUUCAUUCAGUUGAAGCAGAAACCUGUAAAAUGACCACUAUGGUUUGACAAAUGUCCACAAUUACAUACCUGACCCCAGACUGGAGUUUAAAAAAUAAUCUGUUUUGUAAUUCUAUAAAAUGUACAAACAUAACUCUAAAAAGUUGUUUGUGGCCGAUUAUGGCUGGAAUAAAAAUUGUCAUGCGAAUGAGAAUACAGGUCCCAAAAAUAAACAAGGACUUUUGUAUUAACUAGCAAUGGACUACUAGGUUGAGAGUAGGAGCAAGAUUUAUAAACAAAAUCAAUUAUUCCUUCUAAAAACUACAUCUCAGAAAAAAUGAAAAAGCUACCUCAUCAAAUCAGUUUAAAGCUUUGCUAGGAAAUUUUAAUUUUAUAUAUCAGCAGAGCCAAAAUCAUCUAUAUUUAUACUCAAAAUAAAAAUGCAUUUAUUGCACCAUAAAACUUUACUCUUGCCAUUUCAGUUCUAUCAAUGUUGUUUAGAACUUUAAGAAUACUCUGUCAGUAGAACAUUAUUAUUUCAACAAUUUAUACAUCUUAUAAUAUGCCACAGGGUCUAUAUGCUAGAGUUCUUUAAGGACACAAAUAAUAAAAUGUAUGGUGUGGAGAUUACAAUCCAGCACCUUGUUGUUUUACAUUUGAAAUUUCUGUAUAAUAUAAUGUUCUCAUUGUUUUUUUGUUAUAUAAUGUGUGGAGAAAAAAUAUAGUGAUCUGUAAAUGUAAAAAUAAAAAAUGAAAUGACUUUUUUUUUUUUGCAUUGCAUAGUGUUGACAGACUUUCUACUUUCAAGAUUUACCAACUUUUUUCAGUCAUGUUGAGCAACUCUAUAUUGUGUAGAGCAUUUAAUUAUAAAGUAGUUUGGUUUCAUGCAAAGAAGACAACAUGUUCAUCAUUAUUUCUGUCAUUUUUGUACAAUAAAUACUUUAUUUAGUUUA